GAAUAGAGAGAGAGAGAGAGAGAGAGAGGGAGAGACAAUCACUAGAGGAGUUGCGUUUGGAGAGAGGGAGGCACUGAAGGAAUAGAGAGAGAGGACGCGGAAAGGGCCCAAAAACAGACGCGAAAGAAGAGAGGAGGAAAUAGUAAAUAAAUCAGGACUAUCGUUUAUUUCGUCUACGUAACGUGAAGUUAUCAGUGGAAAACGGACAAGUCAACCGCUUUUUCAUACGUUUUUACAACACCACGAGGACACAGACGGGAGAGCCGCAUGGAAUAUUUUCUCUUUGUACUGAACAGGAGACUUUGCUAUAGCUAUAUUUUUAUACGACGAAUUGUCACAGUGGAAAUAAGCCAAUUUUAUAGUCUAUUUUUGAUGGUGAUUUUGAUUUGGAAACCACGAAGUGAACCUAAUGCCAUGCUCUUUUGCAAAGAAGGGAACAAUAGCGUAACAGAGACUUGACUCGGUACAUGUUCUAUCUGCUCCUGUAGAAUCAAUACCGCGUUAACGACCACACAACACGGAGAACAAUACAAAACAACGCGAAUAAAUUCGCUCUACCAACAGGACUUCCAGGAUCUUCUUCAGCCGACAGACCAUGGCUGCGGUUACCAGCCCAGAGACGAGUCCUCAACCCCGGGUAUAUUUCCAGACGGCAGCUGCCGGUUCCACCGAAGAACCGGAGACCCCUGUUCGGAAGCAAGGGCGAGUAACCGUGAAAUAUGACCGAAAAGAAUUGAGAAAGAGACUGAAUCUGGAGGAAUGGAUAAUCGAUCAGCUAACGGAUCUUUACGACUGUGAGGAAGAGGCUAUACCAGAGUUGGAGAUAGAUGUGGAUGAGCUGCUGGACAUGCCUAGUGAUGAUGACCGAGGAGCCAGAGUUAAAGAUCUCCUGGUAGACUGUUACAAACCUACUGAGGACUUUGUGUCUGAUCUGCUGGAUAAGAUUCGUGGCAUGCAGAAACUCACCACCCCCCAGAAGAAAUAACCUCACCCCUUUCUCCUCCCUCAGCCCAAAUGGCCUUCCCCCAACCCCAGCCUCACCCAACUGAAGAAAUAGGAGCUUUGCCUCCUCAGAGAUGGCGGGAGGAGGAGGAGGAGGAGAAGAGAGUGGAGUAGAGGGACGAAGAUAAAGAGAAGAGAGGGUGGAAGAGGAGGAGAGAAGAUUGAAGCAGCCAAUCAGAUCUAAGCAGGGCUCAUGAUGUCCUAUCCUGUGGUUUUAUUUUAAUGUUUUAUUUAGUUUAAUCUUAUUUUUAGUUUUUUUAAAGGGGUUUUGUAUUGUUGUUAAAUGAUCAAUGGAUCUGUGCUAUUUCUCAUGUUAAUGUGAUGCCAGUGAACAUAGCAUACUAUAAUGUGGCUGUACGUUUAGUAGUGCUGGGUUUUAGUUCCAAAUGGUAACUUAUCAUUUAUAGUCCACUACUUCUAACCAGGGCUCUGGUUGUGGACUAGGUGAUAGGGAGCCAUUUUGGCUCUGAUUGUGGACUAGGUGAUAGGGAGCCAUUUUGGCUCUGGUUGUGGACUGGUUGAUAGGGAGCCAUUUUGGCUCUGGUUGUGGACUCGGUGAUAGGGAGCCAUUUUGGCUCUGAUUGUGGACUGGGUGAUAGGGAGCCAUUUUGGCUCUGGUUGUGGACUAGGUGAUAGGGAGCCAUUUUGGCUCUGAUUGUGGACUGGGUGAUAGGGAGCCAUUUUGGCUCUGGUUGUGGACUGGGUGAUUGGGAGCCAUUUUGGCUCUGGUUGUGGACUAGGUGAUUAGGAGCCAUUUUGGCUCUGGUUGUGGACUAGGUGAUUGGGAGCCAUUUUGGCUCUGGUUGUGGACUAGGUGAUUGGGAGCCAUUUUGGCUCUGGUUGUGGACUAGGUGAUAGGGAGCCAUUUUGGCUCUGGUUGUGGACUAGGUGAUUGGGAGCCAUUUUGGCUCUGGUUGUGGACUAGGUGAUAGAGAGCCAUUUUGGCUCUGGUUGUGGACUAGGUGAUUGGGAGCCAUUUUGGCUCUGGUUGUGGACUAGGUGAUUGGGAGCCAUUUUGGCUCUGG